UUGUAACCUAUACCUUCAACUAUAAAAUACGCACAUUCACCAUGUCUACUCAAGUUCCAGCUAGCUGAGGAUUAAUUAUGGAUUCAGUAGAAAUCCCGGAAGUGGUACUCAACUCUGGCCACAAGAUGCCAGCCAUAGGCUUGGGAACCGCAGGAUCUAUGGCGCCAUCGGCGGAGCAGCUGACACCACUUUUUAUCGAAGCGAUCGCCGCCGGGUACCGCCACAUCGACACGGCGGCACUCUACCGCACAGAAGAAAUUGUUGGGCAAGCCGUGGCUGAGGCGUUGGGCCGCGGCCUGAUUAAGAGCCGCGACGAACUUUUCAUCACCACCAAGUUGUGGUGCACCGACGCCGAUCAUGAUCUCGUCCUGCCUGCUCUCAACGAUCACUUAGGUACACUGGGGAUGCAGUAUGUGGACCUGUAUCUCAUACAUUGGCCAGUGAGGAUAAAGAAGGAUGAUUCUGAUUCUACCAACACAAUGCAUUUUGAUAUAAGAGGAACUUGGGAAGGCAUGGAAGAGUGCUGUCGGAUGGGUUUGGCCAAGUCUAUUGGUGUCAGCAACUACAGCUGUGCUAAGCUCUCUACACUCCUGCAAUAUGCCACCAUCCCUCCUGCUGUCAAUCAGGUUGAACUGAAUGUUUCUUGGCAGCAACAGAAACUGAUGGAGUUCUGCAAAGACAAAGGAAUCCAUGUUUGUGCAUUCUCUCCACUUGGAGCAUAUGGAUCCUAUUGGGGUAUUAAUGCAGUGAUGGAGAGUCCGAUCCUUAUAGACAUCGCGGCAGCUAGAAACAAGACUCCCGCUCAGGUUGCGUUGAGAUGGAUACGAGAACAAGGAGCGACCCCAGUAGUGUGGAGCUUCAAUAGGGAGAGAAUGAGGCAAAACCUUCAAAUAUUUGACUGGGAAUUGACAGAUGAAGAAGUUGCCAAAAUGCAGCAGAUCCCGCAGCAGAGAGCCACCACAGGGAAGGAUUUUGUUAGUCCAGAAGGCCAAUACAAGACAUUGGAACAACUUUGGGACGGAGAAAUUUGAAUUCUUGCUGUUGUUUUUGUCCCAAUAUAGUUGGGAAAAUGUAACCUAAUUUCAGAUUUCUGAAUAAUGCAUGCCCAGAAAUUGGCUCUUUUCAGCCUCACAACUCACAAAUAAAAAGCAACAUGUA